CCAUAUGUUGUUGUUGGUUCUGUUGGCUUUGAAUCUGUUCCCCUUAUAUGCCCGCAUGUUGCGCCUAUUAACUGAUCCCCCUAUAUGCGGUCCUGUUGCUCCUAAAAAAUGUUCCCCUAUAUGCACGCAUGUUGCGCCUAGUAACUGAUCCCCCUAUAUGUGGUCAUGUUGCUCCUAGAAAAUGUCCCCCCUGUAUGCACUCCUGUUGCUCCUUUCUAUUUGCUUUUGUUAGUAUGUUAUUGUCAAUUACCCAUUACCUGUUAGAAGCAAUUGACAGAGAUGUUCUAACCUAAUGUAUGUUACUGUCAAUUUUUGUAUACGUUGCUUUCAUUCCCAUUCCCUGUUAGAAGCAAUUCAGAUGUUCUAAUAGCAUUUUUCUUCAAAUAACAUUUCACAUACUAGACUUGUGAAGAAUAAUUUGCAAUUUCAAAAUGGCAAACAAGAACAAGCAGGAUUGAACGUCAAAAAGGCAGUGUGAACCAAAAACACGGAGACAACCAAAAACACGGUGCGCCCCUAACACCGUGGACAUGGUGGCUAAGGUCCUUGUACAACCAGCACUUGACAGGCUUAAACAACUAGGUUUAAGUAACCUACUGAACUUGGGGGGCGAUAUGAACUUAAAUAGUAAAACUUGUGGAAGGCUCAUAGAAAAAGCAGUUGUUCAUGCGGACUUAAAUCAAAUUGCUCUGCAUCAGGGAUGGAGUGUCAAUGUAUAUCACAAAGGAGAUAAUACAACAUGUUCUCGACUUGCCAAUUAGUGAGGAUAAGGAGCUCCCGACAGCAACAAAAGAUGCAAAAGAUAAAGAAGAAUACUUAAGGAUCUUCAAAGCGUUGAUGAAAGUAAAGGAAAAGUUUCCGGGUAAAGCUCCCAAGGAAAAUCAAGAUGAAGAUGGUGAGGAUGCUGCUGCUUCUGCUGUUUAUGAUGCUACUGCUUCUACUGAGCAUGCUGAGAAAAUUGCUGCUACUUCUGCUGAUGCUGAUGCUACUGCUUUUGUUGAGCAUGCUGACAAAAAUGAUGGUUCUUCUGCUGAUGCUCUUGAUUCUGCUGCUGCUUCUGCUGAGCAUGCUGAGAAAAGUGCCGCUGCUUCUACUGAUGCUCUUGAUUCUGCUGAUGCUUCUACUGAUGAGGUGGCUGGAAUGAAAGCCAAUGAGAUAUGACAGUUUUUCUCUGCGCCGAACAUUGCGUUGUUGGCUACAAAGUAUUGUGAUGAGGAUAUCGCCAAACUUAUUGACAUGGAUAUGCUGGUGAAGCUUUUCUUGGGGGUGGUUUUUGACAUAAUGCUAAUGCCAGGAAAAAGUAAUUAUAUAACGAAAGCUACACUUGAGUCAUUGCAAGACCUAGAAAAAUUUAAAAACAUUGACUGGUCAUAUGUGGUAUAUGAACGCUUAAAGAAAGCGUGUGAUGAGUUUGUGAAGAGUCGAGAUAUGAAUUGUUGUAUGGCUGUAUUUCUAGUUGUUUUUAUGGACUGCAUUGAGCGGAAUGAUUUGAAUAGGGAACAAGAUGGUAGAAUCAACUUGUAUAAUGACAAGUUGUUCAAGCAACUUCUCUGCGAACAACCAAUUCAACAAGUUGAUGGGAUGAAGAAAAGAAAAAUAACUAAGCCGAAGGGGCCUCAGAAGAGGGGUCGGAAGGGUGCGAAGCCGCUAGAGGAUUUUAAUUUUAUGCGGCUGGAGGAUACUUGUUAUGCAAGAUUUCCAUUGGUGUGUGAUAUUGAAGUAGAGCGUGAGGACCAAAAGCACGUCGAUGAGAGAACCUGCGACAGAAUUGUGCUGCAAUUUGGUAACCUCUAGGUGGUUGAGUCUGUGUAUGUUGAGUGCUUCAAACGAGGCGGUCAUAUGCACACAGACAUAAUGGAGUUAGUAUGCGAGAUGUGGUCAAACGACUAGAAUGACACAAUCAUCCUUACUACAUAUGCUGCUAGAGAGUUGCUGAGCAAAGGAACUUCUUAUUAUCUGGACAGAGAGCUUACAACAGAUAAAGUGAAGGGUAUGAAUAAGAUUUGUGCAUUAUUUAUCAGAUCUUUCUAUUUUAAUGUACUGGUCCUUGGUUGUUGUUUCAACUGGACAGUGAGUUUGGCAGUACAUUUUUUUUUCCAAAUAUUCAUUCCUUUAGUUUAUGCUAAUCACGAGUCCUUUAUUGUUGUUUCAACUUCGCCGGAAAGGAUAUAUCCUUGACUCCUGGCUAGGGAAACAUACAUCAGUGGCAGCUGAUUUUGUAAAUAAAACGAAGAUGUAUUUGAUUACUAACCACAACAUGGACAUUGCUGCAUAUCCUAAAAAAAUGGCAAAGGUUUACCCUCAAAUAACAAGUAAGUGGAUGGCGCUUAAAACAUAGUUUGUGUUUAUUUAACUAAAUAGUGGUAGAUGUUCGACAUUUUUAGCGCU